AUGGUUAAGCCCUCUGCAGUUCCAACUGCCAAGCUAACAAACAUGAUCAGAGAAGGCAGACCGUGGUCGGAAGUGGAGGAUGUUGCCGAAGCAAUGCUAGACAAGAAAAAGGUGCAGAACAUAAAGUCUAAAGUAGCAAAUAGCAUGCAUCCCCAUGGGCACAACUUUGAUGCUGUUGCAGAAAUAAAGAAGAAAACAGACGAGAAAGAUCAGUACUUAGUCUGGAAAAUUAAUAAUCGUCACUUCAAUAAUGGCCAACAAAGCCUUGUCUUUAAAACGAGCAGAGAAAAAGCUGAAAUAUGUGUUCAAAUGGACAAAGAUCAAAGUGAGCAUCCUCUAUCCAAAGAGUUCUGUUUCCUUGAUGCCGUGCACAGUCGAUGCCAAGGCUUCAAAACACUGACCCUUUGGGUGUGGCAUCCAACUUUAAAUGAGCUUGUUAACUUAGCUACAAUGGAGUGUGAGGCCGAGUCCAGUCUCGUAAUACAGACGUUUUGGAACAAUCUUAAUGAGGUAACUUUGAUCUUGUUUUUGUUAGCUAGGCAGUGUCCCAGUGUUCCAUUAAUUUCUACUUGUGAUUUGUUGUUCUGUUACAAAUCAGUGGCUGACGCAGACGUCCUCGGGGCGUGGGGGGCUCCCCUAGAUCCGCCACUGGAAAUCUAUGUAAUUUUAUGGAGUUUUAAAGGCUUGAUGGAAGAAUGCUUUCAACUGCUCUGGUAAAAUUCCGUGCUCGACUACCUGUACAGUAUUAUGGUCUUAAUCCCCAUUUUGUUUUACUCUUAGUGAUUCUGAAGAACUUUGCGGCAAUUUUAAUCGCCUGCAAAGUUUUCAGGUUCAAAUUGCCUGUGUUCUGCAUACAACAUGCAUGCACUCUGCUUUCAUCCCAUUAAAAUCGCAAGCAAAUCGGUGGUUUACACAGGUGAUUGGAGGCCUUACGUAUACAAAUCGCCUGUGCAGGCAAUUAACAGGAAAAAAAAGUAAAAAAAAGAUUGAGUGGUAAACCGCGCGCAUAAAAUUGGCGGGAAAAGUUUAAAACAGUUUCAAAGAUGACGCUCGUUGCGCUCACGAAAUGGUCCACAAAAGGAUCGGAGUACCCUGGAUUCUUCUACGCCGAGCUACGCCGGACGACAAGAGUCCACUGCUCGCAGGGUACAAAAGGAAAUUCAAUAGCAAUGUUACGUUAAGUUUGCCUAUUUUACGCAUUUUGCAUUUAUCUGGACGCAUUAUUAAUAAUUUUAUUAUGUUUUACAUCGUUCAGACAUAUAAAAGAAACACAUCAUUUAAUUUGACAACUUAUUCAAAGAUAUUGAAUACGUCAUUUUUUGGGUUAAAGGCCCUGUAUCACCCAAAAUGCAUUGCGCGCCCAAUGCCUCUGCGAUUGACUUUAACGCAGGCGAAAAUUCCCGAAAGAGCCAAUCACGAGCGAGCUCGUCAUUUGAAAACAAAAUCAAAGGACCGCAAAGCCGAAUGGGUGAUACUGGGCCUUUGAAUCCACAAGUAUAAUCAGCGAUGGAUGUGCACUGCAAUAUUAUUAAUUGUAAUUCAUUUGACGUUGUUUUUUUUUUUGAGGUUCUACGAGAUUUUACAGGGGACGAUGAAUAUAUCUUUAAUCCAGCGGGAUGGAUGUUCGAUGAAGCAGGAGGAAACUGGGAUGCCAUCGAAAAAGUAUUUGGCAGUAAAUCCUUAGAACAGUGUGUGUCUUGUGAAUUUCACUUUUUUCAGUGUUGCAACAGGCAGAUACAUACGAACUGGAGUGAUAAGUCAAAGCAUACGUUCAAGACUCUCGCUAGGAACAUUUUUGAAGCACCAACGCCUUAUCGUUACGAUCAAGCCAGGAAAGAACUCGUAGCAUUUUCAGAUGAAAAGCCUGCAAAGCGAGGUCAUAUCAUUAGCUGGUUCAAAUGGUGGCAUAAAAGAAGGACCCAUAUAUUUAAGGCGUUCAAAUGUGGUGCACCACUUACCCCAAACGUCAAUUUGGCUGAAGUUGGUCACUCGCAGUGGGCCAAAAAAGGAUCUUACAGGCUAACCCUUGCCAUGGCUGCAGAGGAGGAUGUGGCAGAAGCAAUCAUGCUCUCAAAGAAACUUCAAUCAUACGGUUAUGGAACUUAUAAAGGAGGAAAACAUCGGAGCCAAAGUGACAGACUCAAAGCCAACUAUUUCCAGCAAAUGACAAGAGCGAAAGCCUUUGGAGAAGAAAUUUCAGCAGGUGUUGUCGACAAUUCCUUAUAUGUACAAGCAGAGUCUUCUAGAGCUUCAUCUGUAGAUGCUAACUGCUCCCAUAGAGCGACACGAAAACGAAAACGUCAAGUCAGUGUUUUUAGCGAUGGAAGUAACUUAGCAUCUUCGUCUUCUGAGGACGAUUCGCAUCAUUCAGCCCCCAAAGCUGGGACACGUGAGGAUAGACGUGACGGCCGUUUCCGAAAAAGUGCCAGUAAGGCGUUCCAGCGCUCCUUGAGCUCGCCAAGAAGGAAACAUUCUUGCUUGUUGACUCUAACGAGCUUGGAAGAAACGAGAGGCAAUUCGUAA